CGCGCUCCUGUCACAGAGGAUGAGCGGAGACACAGAGCCGGAUAUGAAGCAAGACGAGGUGAUGAGGAGCAGCCAGGUGGUUUAGUCCGUUUAUUCAUCAGAUUCAUUAGUCCGGGUCAUUUCAGAGAUGCGCUAGCGGGUGGUACAGUCCAUCAGCGAGCUGGAGAUCACAGCCUCCAACACCUCUAUUAUCCUGGAUUAUGAUACCGAAAGCAAAGAUUCUGCAGUAACAGAGGCUUGAGGAGGACCGACGGGACGCAUGAAUUAAACAAUCAGCACCUCCUCACGGUUCAUGUGCCCAAACGGAGGUGCGAGGAGGAGAGCGCGCAGCCGAUGCCCGGAGACACCAGCAGGCUGUGUGCAGGCAGCUGUGGACGACUGACAGGAAGGUGGUACCCAAAGCGUCGGUGUUUCUGCUCCGGGAUCCGAGUCCGGAGGCGCGUCGCCGCUGAGGCAUGGGCUGCGCUCCCAGUAUUCACGUCUCUCAGAGCGGCGUCAUCUACUGCCGGGACUCCGACGAAUCCAACUCGCCCCACCAGACCACCACCAUCUCUCAGGGCACCGCGGCCACGCUGCACGGGCUCUUCAUCAAGACCGACGCGGCCGAGACCAUCCCCUCCGUCAUCACCUACCAGAGCCGACACUCGCGCAACAACUCAUGCCGGGAUCGGAAGGAGAACAGCGGGGGACACAUCCGCAUCGAGGCCGAGACGCAGACCAGCCACACCAGCGUCAAGGUUUCAGCUACAGAAGAAUGUGUGGGACCUAUGAGACUGACUCAAGAGCCCAUUCAGGUCCUGCUGGUGUUCGCCAAGGAGGACAGCCAAAGCGAUGCCUUCUGGUGGGCCUGCGACCGCGCUGGGUUCAGGUGUAACAUAGCACGCACGCCAGAGUCUGCCACCGAGUGUUUCCUGGACAAACACCAUGAGAUUGUAGUCAUUGAUGGACGCAACUCGCGCUACUUUGAGCCUGAAGCUGUGUGCCGGUUGAUUCGCGCCACAAAGCCCUCCGAAAACACAGUUAUUCUGGCCAUCGUGCCACAGAAGCCAGCUGACCAGGACGAGCCAUCUGUUCUUCCUCUCCUCUGUGCAGGAUUCAGCAGAAGGUUUGUUGAGAACAGCAGUGUGUCAGCCUGCUAUAAUGAACUCAUACAGAUUGAACAUGGAGAGGUGCGCUGCCAGUUCAAACUCAGGGCUUGUAACUCCAUCUUCACGGCUUUGGAGCACUGUCAAGAGGCUGUGGAGAUCACCAGUGAGGACCACAUAAUACAGUACGUGAACCCAGCAUUUGAACGGAUGAUGGGUUACCACAAGGGGGAGUUAAUCGGGAAGGAACUGACCGAACUCCCAAAGAGCGACAAGAACAGAGCCGACCUGCUGGACACCAUCAACACAUGUAUCAAAAAAGGAAAGGAAUGGCAGGGCAUUUACUAUGCCAGGAAGAAGUCAGGCGACAGUAUACAGCAGCAUGUGAAGAUCACUCCGGUCAUCGGCCAAGGAGGGAAGAUCCGACAUUUUGUAGCCAUCAAGAGACCUCACGUUGACAACAAUAACCAGGUCCACAAGUUCAACAAGGAGGACAGAUGCAGCGGGGAACAUUCUCAGUCAGAGUGCCAUUCUUUGCGUCAUCGCGACAGGAGGAAAGAUUCAAUUGACGCUAGAUCGCUCAGCUCUCGCAGCAGUGACGCUCCCAGUUUACAGAAUCGAAGAUAUUCCUCUGUUGCCAAGAUUCACUCCAUGACUAUCGAGGCUCCCAUCACAAAGGUAAUAAAUAUCAUCAACGCAGCCCAGGAGAGCAGUCCAGUGACAGUGGCCGAGGCUCUGGAUCGGGUGUUGGAGAUCCUGAGAACCACCGAGCUCUACUCCCCUCAGCUCGCCUCCAAAGAAGAUGACCCCCACACCAAUGACCUAGUUGGGGGGCUCAUGAGUGAUGGGCUGCGGAGACUCUCUGGGAAUGAAUAUGUCUUCUGCAAAAAUAUGAGCCAGAGCCAGCUGGCCAUCCCGGUCACUCUGAAUGACGUCCCUCCAUCCAUCGCCGAGAUGCUGAAUGAUGAGGAGUGCUGGGAGUUCAACAUCCUGGAGCUGGAGGCGGCGACACACAAGAGACCUCUCACUUACCUCGGGCUGAAGAUCUUCACGAGUUUUGGCGUGUGCGAGUUCCUGAACUGCUCAGAGGGCACGCUGCGCUCCUGGCUGCAGCUCAUGGAGGCCAGUUACCACUCCUCCAACUCCUACCACAACUCCACGCACGCCGCAGACGUGCUGCAUGCCACGGCAUACUUCCUUCGCAAAGAGAGAGUCAAGAGCAGUCUGGACCAGCUGGAUGAGGUGGCAGCGCUGAUAGCAGCCACAGUGCACGACGUGGACCACCCAGGCAGGACCAACUCCUUCUUGUGUAAUGCUGGCAGCGAGCUGGCGAUCCUCUACAAUGACACGGCUGUGUUGGAGAGCCACCACGCAGCCCUCGCCUUCCAGCUCACGGUCCGAGACAGCAAGAGCAACAUCUUCAAGAACACAGACAGGAAUCAGUUCCGAACACUGCGACAGGCAAUCAUAGACAUGGUGCUGGCCACAGAGAUGACCCGACACUUUGAGCAUGUCAGCAAGUUUGUCAACAGCAUCAACAAACCGAUGGCCGCUAUCGAGGAGACCAGCACCAGCAGCAUUAACAGCGACUGCGAGGGUCAGGCCAACAUCAGGAACUCUCCAGAGAACCGUCUGCUGAUAAAGAGGAUGCUGAUCAAGUGUGCAGAUGUGGCAAACCCCUGCAGGCCGCUGGAGCUGUGCAUCGAAUGGGCCGGCCGGAUCUCUGAGGAGUACUUUGCACAGACGGAUGAGGAGAAGAGACAAGGGCUGCCGGUGGUAAUGCCAGUGUUUGACAGGAACACCUGCAGCGUGCCCAAAUCUCAGAUCUCCUUCAUAGACUACUUCAUCACUGACAUGUUUGACGCCUGGGAUGCCUUUGCCAGCCUGCCUGGUCUAAUGGAGCACCUGUCGGAGAAUUACAAGUACUGGAAGAGCUUGGAUGAGAUGAAGUGUAAGAGCCUGCGUCCUCCCCCUCCGUCGUGACCAACUCCUUGUUGCCUCCUCUCAUCCUUCGCUCCCAGCAGGGUAGGACAGCGAAUGCAGCCCUGCAGAGAAACACUUAGUCUCUUCAGCUGUGAUUGGACGCAGCUCUGUGGCGCUCCCGGACACAUUCGUGGGCCCGAAGCUGCGUGAUCGAGGUCUCUGUGAGCAGAAAUCGCUGGCUGACGAACACUGGGGUGCUGUUUCGAUCUCAAAUCACAGCCUCUUUUCUUGUGCAGCUCCGAGUGGAGGUUGUGUUCUGCAAGUGGAGAACAGGUUGUCAUUUGAGGGGCCCCGUCGACUUUUACUGUACGGCCCUGUUAAGUAUUCCUACGAAACUGUGUGGACCUCACGGCUCACCUGACAAUCUGUACCAUACAGUGUAACAAC